CCCAGAGUUCCGCGGGAGGGGCCGACCUGGUUCCGCUCCCUCCAGCUAGUCCCAGCUCGUGGCAGGACUCUCAGCCGGCGCCUGAAGCCGCUCUCCGGACAGGUCGGGUAACGCGCAGGUGCAGCCAACAUGGGUGAGCCCCAGGGGUCCAUGCGGAUCCUAGUGACUGGGGGCUCUGGGCUGGUGGGCAGAGCCAUCCAGAAGGUGGUAGCAGAUGGGUCCAGGCUGCCCGGAGAGGACUGGGUGUUUGUUUCUUCCAAGGAUGCUGAUCUUACGGACGCUGCGCAGACCCGAGCGCUGUUUGAAAAAGUCCGGCCCACGCAUGUCAUCCAUCUGGCUGCGAUGGUGGGGGGCCUGUUCCGGAAUAUCAAAUACAAUUUGGACUUCUGGAGGAAAAACAUACACAUCAACGACAACGUGCUGCACUCGGCCUUCGAGGUGGGGGCGCGAAAGGUGGUCUCCUGUCUGUCUACUUGCAUCUUCCCAGACAAGACCAGCUACCCUAUCGAUGAGACCAUGAUUCACAACGGACCCCCGCACAGCAGCAAUUUUGGCUACUCUUAUGCCAAGAGGAUGAUCGACGUGCAGAACAGGGCCUACUUCCAGCAGCACGGCUGCACCUUCACCGCUGUCAUCCCCACCAACGUCUUUGGGCCCCAUGACAACUUCAGCAUCGAGGACGGCCACGUGCUGCCUGGCCUCAUCCACAAGGUGCACCUGGCCAAGAGUCGCGGCUCAGCCUUGACAGUGUGGGGUACAGGGAGGCCUCGGAGGCAGUUCAUCUACUCGCUGGACCUGGCCCGGCUCUUUAUCUGGGUCCUGCGGGAGUACGAUGAGGUGGAGCCCAUCAUCCUGUCAGUGGGUGAGGAGGAUGAGGUGUCCAUCCAGGAGGUGGCCGAGGCCGUGGUGGAGGCCAUGGACUUCCAUGGGGAGGUCACCUUUGAUACAACCAAGUCGGACGGGCAGUUUAAGAAGACGGCCAGUAACGGCAAGCUGCGGGCCUACCUGCCCGACUUCCGGUUCACGCCCUUCAAGCAGGCCGUGCAGGAGACCUGUGCCUGGUUCACUGACAACUACGAGCAGGCCCGGAAGUGAAUGUGCGGCGGCAGCGGGUGCCGCCCUCUCCCCGGCGCUCAGCCGGCAGAGCCCAGCGGCGGCCACUCAGAACCUGCCGGGGCAGGCCUGGCUAACUGUCCGGUGAGGCCACC